AUGGAAAUUGGAAAACAAGCUUCUCUGCUCUCUCAUCAGUCAUCACCCUCUCGUCUGUCCAAAACCCUUCUUCACGCCACAGAAAUCCUUUCCGGCUCCGGCUACCUCUCUAUGGCUCUCACUCCAACUCGUCUCCGAUUCCUUGACUCUCCAUCUCUCUCGUUUCUCCAAUUCCACUUCUCUCCCUUCUCUCCCUCUCCUGGUACCAAAAUCCCCACUCUCCUUUACGACCACGAGCUGACCGUCACUUCGUCGCCAUCCAAUGGUGACCAGGUUUCGGUAAAUGGUGUCAAGAUUAAUGGAUUGCCGAUAUACAAUGGCGGGUCUCUGGUAAAUUGGGCAAGUUCGGAACCUACUCGCAGUAUAAGAUGUGCGGCGUCGGUGAAUAGUAAAUUGGGUUUGAAGGAUGCUGUUGCGACUUUGAGGUCGAGAGGGUACAGUUUUAUGGCUUCGUUCUUGAUUCGUAAUUGGUGGGUUUUGCUGUAUGUGUAUAAAAAUGAGUGGCUUGUUGUUCAUGGUCUUGGUGGGAUUCUAGACGUCUAG